CUGCCGGCCGUCGGCACGGACAGUCACUACCAGUGCAACCUACCCCACCCUACAAGACACCACACCAGCCCAACCACCUCUUUCUCCCUCGAUCAGACAUUGCAUUAUUUUCUGCCCAGCGCCCAAUUUUCAGCCAUCCUCCACUCAACACCACUGCAAUCUGCCAACCACAAUCGCCACCAUCCGCCAUCCUCUAGCACCGACUACAACCAGAUAUCAGCCACCUCGCGUGGCGGCACAGUGGAAGUCGAAAAUUGCUCCAAAAUUGGAGCCGGCAAACAAAUCCCCAAAAUUCGUCGGCAACUCGAAAUAGAUCAUCCGUCGUCCAUAUCAACGGCGCUGCUGUAG